CAACACAUAACGGAAGAGAGCUUUUCUUGCUCGCUGGGCACCUCUUUUUUUUGCAGUAAUCUCUACACUAACAUUCAUUUCACUGCGUUUCUUGAAGGUCUCCUUAAACAACUUUGUCUGCUUUCGCGAAAGACUGUGAAUGUUGCAUGCGUCUGCUGAAGGUUGAGGUACCGAAUCGCUGAGCAGAUUAUGGCCUUGCCUUCGUGUCAGCAGGCCGAGAGCACAAGAGAGCCAACUUCAAAAUCUCUCAGGGUUUAAUGAUGCAUGACAAGCGUGCCUCUUGAACGGUAAUCUGCGAUUUUCUCAGAAGCGCAGUUCGAUGUGGAAACAUCUCUCAGGUCAUGUUCAACAGCAUCUAGAGGUUUGGUGGAGUCGAUGAUUGGGACAACUUCCAUAUCCGCUUCCUUUCAUCAGUAUCAUAUUUUCUUUUUCAAUAUUCUGCAUUCUCCUGCAUAGCCUUUAACAAGGGCUUUUCACCAUGAUUGAUCACGUCCUCGGUCGACCGUCGGUCAAGUUUCGUAAGAUACAAGUGUUUGCUGUGGUGUCAUUUUGGUCAUUAUAUCUCCUCAAAGGCAAUAUUCAUGGACCUCCCGCAGUCCGAUUCCUUUCUAACCGCUUGUCGCUCCGUCUGACGGCAUGGCAAACAUUUGUUAUUACGAUGCUCUGGCUCUAUGUAGCUCGCAACUUCGCCAAGCUGACUGGUCUCGAAUGUCCGGAACCAUUGGCAAACCUGUACACCCGAGCAUACUUUCGAGCAACGUGGGUCACUACCGCUCUGGAUGCGGGGUUCUGGACUGCGAUGCGCAUUCGUAAAAAAUGGCUUCGCGACCUAGCCAGCAUCAUCUUCUCCAUUUAUUACCUCUUUGCGGCCGAACAAGCCGACGAAAAGGUCCGAAAAGUCAGAGGCGCCCUCAGUGUUGACCACCUUCGAGUUUCUUGGAAUAAAUCAACGACACCGUAUCUCUCCCUGCUUGGGAAACUACUUCGUCCUAGGUUCUGUCGGUAUCCGCCUCGUGCAGUGAGGAUACCGCGCCCCCGAGAAUCCUCAUAUAAGGAAUCUGUCAACGCUUGGUUAUACUUUGAUGGCCCGCUUUCUGCAUUAAAGGAUCAUACGUGCUUGGUACUCGAUAUCCCUGGUGGCGGAUACGUUGCCAUGGAUCCCAGAACCAACGAUGAUAAACUAUUCGCUUGGGCGGGCAAGACUGGGCGACCGGUCUUGAGCUUGGACUACAAGAAAGCACCUGAAUAUCCGUAUCCUUAUGCUCUCAAUGAGUGCUAUGACGUUUACCAUACCCUGCUUGCGAGCCGGGGUCGAUGCAUUGGCAUGUCUGGAGAAAAGGCACCUACAGUAGUCAUCUCCGGUGAUAGCGCAGGCGGGACUCUUGCUGCUGGCGUAGUACUCAUGAUUGCUCAAUCUGCCAGUACUAUUGACGCACGGUACAGAAAGCCCGGCGAGGAGCAGCCAUUAGCUAUGCCAGAGGGGCUUGUUCUCAUUUAUCCUGGGCUGGACAUGAACAUUGGGAACUGGAUGACGGAUGAGCAAAUGUCGUUAAUCAAAGACCGCCGUGUGCGAAAGACGAACAAGAACAUACUCCGGCGCAAGAGCGAAGACUACAACAAGCUUACCCCUUCUACGCCCCAUCAUUCAGAUGAAGAAGAUGAAACCAGCACAAUCACAUCUCCACCGCAGCGUCCGCAGCCCAACGGUCCCGACGGCAUGGGUCCUGCCUCUGGUCCUAUAGUCUCACCGCCCGCCAAAGAAGUCGGAGAAAUAACCCACGAACCUCUUACCAAAUCCCCCGUCUCAACGCGACCGUCACCUGAAGUAGCGCAUCUUACUCAGCCAGCAAGUAUAUCUGUCGCAGCCAACACCAAAGCAGUGGCCGAGUCCAAGCCGCAGAUGCUCCGCACCCGUCUUGCCAUGUCGAGUAUGAUAUCCUACUUUAACGACCGAAUUCUCACACCCGAGAUGAUGCGUGCAAUGAUUAUCUUGUACGUCGGUCCGCACGCCCGACCAGACUUUCGAACAGACUUUUUGCUUUCGCCUUUGCUCGCACCAGAAUCUCUCCUUGCUCAGUUCCCCAAGACAUAUUUUCUCACCGGCGAACGUGAUCCUCUCGUUGACGACACUGUCAUUUUCGCCGGGCGGAUUCGCCAAGCCAAGCGCAACGUGUUUGUCGAGCGGCAGGAACUUGGGCUCAUCAAUCAGAAACGCGUCUUUGACGAGCUGGACGUUGUUGAGGUCUUGCUCGUGCCUGGAAUCAGUCACGGCUUUAUGCAGUUUGUCGGUGUUUUCUCCGAAGGCUGGAAAUACAUUUUCAAAUGCGCGUCAUGGAUGCAAGAAAGCUUCCGCCGCGCUGAAUCUGCGUCGUCUUCGAAUCAGGAUGAUCGCGGAAGAGGGCAAUAUCCAACGUCUGCCACCCAGAAAGAUGCCCCCGCUGGUGUGACCGCAGCAGGGUAUCCCACUGCUGGUGCUCCAAACUCUUACAAUUAUCGAAACACUUCUCGUGCAGGCCGUCAUCACAGACGGACAGGCACAAUGGAGAGUUCCGGCGACGAAGACCGUCCCUUGGAAAUGAGCAUCAUCUCUGCGCGCCGCGGAAGAGGAGAUUACUUUUCGCCCAGACGGCGCGGCAGCGGGACCGGCACUCCCGUUAAUAAUCCCAAUGCAAGCGGCAGUAACAACGCCAGUCGACAAAGACAAGCUCGCGGCGCCGGCGGUGCUCCCGUUGGUGCCGCUGAAGGCACUGAUGGUACCAACAGCGCCGAUGCGGGUUCAAGAAGCGGAACUAAAUCUGGACUUGGCUCCGAAUCCAUCUCAUCCCUCAAACACGCCGCCCUGGCUCAGAUUCAAGGCCAAGAACAAGGUCGUCCUGGCUCAGCCCCCGUCUACGCUUCUCAAACCUCCCAUCCUGUUCCUCCUUCCCAUCUUCACCAUCAACACAAUCCUCCUCCUCCCACGUCGGAUAACAAUAACAACAGUAAUAUCCAGAUGCGCCGAAAAGUAAGCCUCGUCAGCCUCGCAAGCGAAGAUGACCUGUUGAAUCGCAGAAUGAUUGGACUAGCUGGUGGCUUGAUGGGGAACGGCGACGGGUUGAGAACCCCGUGAGUCCGUGACUUUUAUGGGCAAGUAGGGCGGUAGUCCUAUCUCUGUAGCUCUGCGGACUCGACUCGUGAGUCGUGAAUUGUGGGUAUCCGACAUAUAUCUUCUAUAUAUUCAUUAUUCCUUCUUGUUUCAUCUACAGUACUAUACUCAUUUCCCGAAAUUUCUAUCAGUCUUUUUUUUUUCCGGCGAAUUCACCCGUGGUUGCUCUUGGAAUAUAUACAUUAUACUUGUUCCCUCU